UACACAAUCCUCAUAUAUCAUUGUAAUAUAAAUAUUACGAAAUUAUGUACGACCCGACGCCAAAAAAUGCUAAAUCCGUCAAAAGCAGACUCGACACCAUAAAUCAAAGUGACGAUAACAAACGUCCGAACAUGUCCAAAGUGCAUUCGCAUUUUUUAGUCCCCUCUGAUAAGCUGGAUAAAGUGACCAGGCGUGUCAUAGCUCCGUACGCGCAGAUAGAAAGGAAAGGUUUGAAAGAUGAGGAAGUAAGGGACGGGAGAUAUCUAGACAUAAACAGGUUCAAUGUGUUCUUAGAGGACAGCGUGGAUCUUGACUCUUUGUUGUACGAAACGGCUAUGGUUCUGAAGACUGUCACUAACAGUGCCGGCGUUUUCGUAUACAUUGUUGAUAGUCUAAGAAACGAAAUUGUCAUGAUGCCACACAAUACCAAGACACCAGAACGACACGAAGUCAACAUACCCAUUGAGGAAGGAAAAGUAGCAGCAGCUCAUGUGGCAGCAACCAAGGAGUUUCUACUUUUAGAAGAUGUGCAACGCGACCGCCGAUUCGCAGAAGGGCUCAAGUGGGUAGACGCAAAGGUUGCAUUGCUGAUGCCGGUGGUAAAACCUGACGGGGAGUGCUAUGCUGUGCUAGAGUUGUAUAGAACUACCGCGGAACCUUACGAUGAAAAUGUGGUAUACACAGUAGUAAGCGUGGCAUGCUGGGCCGGCGCUGCAGUUCAUCAGGCACAAGCCCGUGUCACGCUACAGAAGACUGCUCAUCUCAAUGAGGAACUGCGAGCGUUGUUGCAAAACUAUUUCUGCGAUUUGGCUUCUAUCGACACCAUGUUGACUGAUAUGUUGGCCAUUGUGAAGUCGUUUAUGGGUGCUAUGAGGAGCAGCUUCUUCAUCAUCGACAAGUAUCACGUGGGUGAACACAUUCAGGCCGACAUGUGGGACGAUGGGUGGGCCUCGGAGAAGACAAACAUGCCAAAGAAGAGAAUGAAAAUAAAUUUAAGCCAAGAACAAACGCCAGCGGGCCUAGUUGCCAAGACAGGAGAAUUCCUGAAUGUGCGAGACGCGUACAAGGACCCUAGAUUCGUGAAGGAGAUUGAUCCUACUACGGGAGCAGUCGUACGGACGUGUCUCGCUGCACCAAUUGUGGACAAACAUGGAGUCAUUGGUGUAGUGCAGUUAACAAAUAAAACAAACGCAUUGCCGUUCAAUAAGGAAGACGAGACUGUAUUCAAAGUAUUCAUCAGCCAUUGCUCCCUGAUAGUACACUUCUACAAUAUGCAACAAAAGAAGAUUUAUCACGAUAAUUUAAACAAGAUGUAUUCAGACUUGAUCAGUCUACACUUGAAGCCUUGUAAGCAUGAUAUUGAGGAACUAAUGGAGACCAAUGGUAUUGUACUGCCACCAAACAACUUCAGAAGUUACGAUUACCACAUAAGUGAAGGCAGCAAGGAAGACAUGCCAGGUCUCAUCUGCUACAUGUUCAUGGAGAUAUUUGCGGACCACAACUUCGAGCGGCAUCAGCUGGCAGACUUUGCAGUCACAAUACUGAACUGCUACAGACGUAACCCUUACCACAAUUCGGAGCAUGCCUUCUGUUUCACCCAUACCAUGUAUUUAAUAUUGCACAGCAAUUCUGGAUACUUCGAUUUCGUGGAGACGGUAGCACUGAUGCUGGCAGGACUGUGCCACGAUCUGGACCAUCCAGGUUACAAUAACAAUUUCCUAACUCUGUGCAAACAUCCGCUGGCGUCAAUGUACAAGUCGUCGAUGCUUGAAAAUCAUCACUAUUUCCUCGCAAAGAAGAUUAUUGAGAACAAAAAUAUCCUCAGAAAGUUACCAGAUUUGGACCGCAAUCGUGUUAUGGAGGAAAUAAAAUACAAUAUCCUGUGCACAGACCUGGCAGUGUACUUCCAAAUAAGAGCGCAACUCACGCCUCUUGUCGCGGAGCAUGCUUACGACUGGACUGAUAACUCACAUCGGAGGAUGUUGAAGGGUAUAUUAAUGACAACAUGUGAUUUAUCCGGUUGUUGUAAACCAUUUGGCGUUGCAAAGGCGACAGCUGAAUCAAUUUAUGCCGAAUUUUAUAAUCAGGGAGAUAAAGAACGGGAGAUGGGCUAUACGCCACUUAGCAUGAUGGACAGACGCCGCUGCAUCAACCAACCAGCUGAACAGAUUCAAUUCCUCUCCGUGGUAGUUCUGCCCUGUCUGAUGCUGCUGCAGAACAUAUUCCCCAAUACUGUGCCACUCAUUGACAAUUGCAGGAAAACUCAAGAGGCUUGGCACGAUGAGAUAGAAAUUAGGGGACAGAGGUUAUGGAGACAGGACGACUCCUUGGUGAGCACGGCGCGCGGCCGGUUCCUCAACAGUGUCAAAUCUGAACAAGCUAUAGGAAAAUAAUAACUAACCCGCGCAAGUUCGUCUGUAUCACACUUACUUCAUAUUUAUCAUUAUAUUUCGCCCAAUUUACAUAAUAUCCUUUCAAAUUUUAGCCUGUGCUAUUCUCAUGGUGCGUAAGCUAU